UAUGGAUGGACCCAAGGGGAAAGUAAUCGUGGCGUUACGGGCUUACGGCAAUUGAAUAUGGGGACGACGUUGCAUCAACGCACAGAUAUGGAAAGUGAUUCCGGAUCCGCCACGACGCAAUCGAGAGGGAUGCGCUUGUCGAGUAACACAAACCAUACAAAGGAUCGGCGACACGCACAAGGCUAUUACAUAAAAUCCACUUUUGCCCACAAUUUCGUCACUAUUCUUGCUCUGCGAACCACUCGACUUUGUGCAUCUGGGAAUGGCAGGAAAGCUUAUGCGCGCUUUGCAGUAUGACGGGUAUGGAGGCGGCGCUGCUGGUUUGAAGCACAUUGAAGUUCCUGUGCCCACUCCUAAUAAAAAUGAAGUCUUGCUAAAGCUAGAAGCAACAAGCAUAAACCCGGUUGAUUGGAAAAUUCAAAAAGGGAUGAUCCGUCCUCUUCUUCCUGGCAAAUUUCCUUACAUCCCCGCUACUGAUGUAGCGGGAGAAGUAGUGGAGGUUGGGGCUGGUGUCAAGAAUUUCAAGGUCGGUGACAAAGUUGUGGCUAUGCUCAGUCAUCUUACUGGAGGUGGAUUUGCGGAGUAUGCUGUAGCUAAGGAGAGCUUAACUGCCAUAAGGCCACCGGAGGUAUCGCCUGCCGAAGCUGCAGGCCUUCCUGUCGCAGGCCUAACAGCUCUCCAGGCCCUCGUUGGAGCUGCUGGGGUGAAGCUCGACGGGAGUGGGCCCCAGAAGAACAUACUCGUGACAGCCGCCUCUGGUGGUGUGGGUCACUAUGCGGUUCAACUAGCAAAGCUCGGGAACGCACACGUUACCGCUACCUGUGGGGCCCGCAACCUCGGGUUCGUGAAGAGCUUAGGGGCAGACGAGGUUAUUGACUACAAGACCCCAGACGGGGCAGCUCUCAAGAGCCCUUCGUUGCAAACAUACGACGCGGUGAUCCACUGCGCCACGGGCAUUCCCUGGUCUACUUUCGAGCCAAACCUGAGCAAGAAAGGCAAGGUGAUCGACCUCACCCCCGGGGCUAGCGCCAUGUGGACGUUCGCGGUGAAGAAACUCACGAUGUCGAAGAAGCAAUUGGUGCCAUUGCUUCUAAUCCCCAAGAGUGAGAACCUGGAGUAUCUUGUUGGGUUGGUGAAGGAGGGGAAGCUGAAGAGUGUGAUUGACUCUAAACAUCCUCUAAGCAAGGCAGAAGAAGCUUGGGCUAUGAGCAUUGAUGGGCAUGCCACAGGGAAAAUCAUUGUGCAGCCUUAAAAGGCUUACUUACAAUUGAAUUCAAAGUGUUAUUAGCGGCGAGGGAAACCCGAAACCUGCAGUCACUAUCUGAAGAUGUGCGGGCAUUGGGUUUCUGCUACAUGUUUUGGCUACCCGAGGGUCUGCACGGGGUAUAGCUACAUGUUUUAAUAAUGAUUGGCCGAAUAUAAACUCUAACAACGUGUGCAAAUACUUGUAAGAAUUGUCGUGAAUUUUAACAAAAGAUACAUAAAAAGAAAUAAUUCCUUUGGAGGUUUUA